AUGGCAGAAGGAAGUCGUAGUGCGAGAGGAAAAUCGUUCAACUCCGAUCAAGAUGAAGCAAUUUGUAAUGCUUACUUGUGCGUUAGUCAAGACCCGAUUAUUGGUACCAACCAACCAAGAUCUAAAUUAUGGGAUCGGGUUGCAAAAAAAUAUACCAAAUUCACAGGAGGCGAUGUACGAUCGGAUGCUUCUAUCAAGUCUCGAUGGCAAGUCAUCCAGCAAGCUUGCAACAAAUAUCGUGGACAUUUAAGGCAAAUUCAAAGGCAACAUCAAAGUGGAAUGACAGAACAAAAUGAGAUUGAUCUAGUGAAGAGACAUUACAAAGAUACUGAGACUAAACCUUUCGCAAAUUUGGAUUGUUGUUGGGCAAUCUUAGAACACACGACUACAUUGGAAGAUAGCAAUCCUACGAGUGGAGGUAGUGUUCAGUCUCCAAGAAAGAGGCCUCCGGGAUGUAAAGCAUCAAAGGCAAAAUUAUUGAAGACCAAAAAAUCAGAAAAUGAGGAACGUGAAUGGAUAAACUUGAUGGAAAAAUUCAACCAAACUACAUCUGACAAGGAAAGUAGGAGAGCUGAAAUGGAAGCAAGAAGAGUCGCGGCUUUGGAAAGGACUACAACAAAUGAUGAGAGAAGGGUGGCGCUUGAGGAGAGGAAGGCAGCAAUAAAGGAAAAAGAGAUGGAAGAUAGGAUUAUGCAAAUGGACUUGGAUUUGGUUCAAGACCCCCAAAUGAAGGCUUAUUACCAGUAUCGCAAGGGUGAAAUCUUGGCUAAAUGGACGGCUAGCUCAAGUCCGAACGGUUAUUUUCCUGGUUUUCCUGAUUAUUGA